GAUACAUCAUCUGCGACCACAUGGAGAAGAUAACUUUACCGCUCUUCUUCUAUUUGUUCUUGUUCAAAACUAUCUCCGGCGCCGAUGACUGCGUUCCAACUUCCUGCAGCCCCACCGGACCUCAGGUACGUUUCCCUUUCCGUAUCCGGGGUCUACAACCAUCCCACUGCGGAUUCCCUGGCUUCGAUCUCUCAUGCAGUAAACGGAAUCGAACAAUCCUUCACCUAACGUCCUCCAGGUCAUACAUCGUCAACAGAAUUUCAUACGGGGCCCAGAUCAUCUACAUUGACCCUGAGUUCUGCCGACCUAAAAGAAUCGGAGAUUUCCGUCUAACUGGAACGCCUUUCGAUUUCAGCAGCGUGAGAAGCUAUAACUUUUACAACUGUUCUUUGCAGAAGUCCAAUUACAUGUUUCCGGCGGUGGCGUUACCGUGCCUGGACAGCGGGAAUCAUUCCGUGAUCGCUGUGCGGACUGGACUGAUUCCAGAAGGAGAGACGCCGGAAAAUUGCAAGGAUAUAGCGACGAUCUCUGUUCCGAUUCGGUGGUACGGGAAUAUUAGGGAAGAACUGGAGUUGAUGUGGUUUACACCGUUUUGUGGACCCUGUGAGAUUGAAGGUAGAAUGUGUGGCCUCAAGAAUGGUGAUGGAGAAACUACUUGCUUCGGUUCUCCCGUCGGGAUUCAAAGGAAUGCUAAGUAUGGAUUGAGCAUAGGCAUUGGUAUAUCGAUAUUGAUAUGCAUAUUGGGGAUUGUGUGCUACACAGCUACCAAAGCAAGAGACUACGGUAGAAGUAGGCACCAAAAUCUUGACAUAUUUUCAAUCACGAUAUCGCCACGCCCACAAUCGGCGACAGGCUUAGAUUUGUCCACAAUCGAGUCGUACACAAAGACUGUGCUCGGAGAGAGUUGCAGACUACCUAAGGAAGAUGACGCAUGCCCAAUAUGUCUUGCGGACUACAAACCUAGAGAGGCAUUGAGGACGAUCCCCGAAUGUAAUCAUUAUUUUCAUGUUGAAUGCAUAGACGAGUGGCUUCGAUUGCAUGCAACUUGCCCAAUGUGUAGGAAUUCACCCGUAAAGUUCAUAUUUGGUUAG